UAGCUAUAUCAAUUUUCCUCCCAAUCAUAAAAAACACUCUCACAAAUCAAACCUCACAAUGAGCUUCAAACCUUGUUACAAUGUGUUUUGCACCUAUUGCACGAUCUACAUUCUUAUGAUCUUGUUCUUUCUUUUCUUCAUCAUCCUCUCAAUAAUCAUCUCCCCUUCGAAUAUCAAGUUUCAUAUAACCGAUGUUUCCCUCACAAAGUUCAAUCUCACAAGUGACAACAUCUUAUAUUAUAAUUUCAAAGUCAACAUCACAAUAAGAAACCCGAACAAUAAUGUCAUAGUAUAUUAUAGGAAGAUCAAUGCAAUUGCUUGGUACAAAGAUAAUGAUUUUGGCUAUGUGAGUUUGACACCCUUUGACCAAGGUCAUAAGAAUACCACUUUUCUCAAUCCAAUAGUGUUUGAAGGAAAUAGUGUGAUCAAACUCAAACGUCAACAACUUGAUGAGUAUAACGACGAGACAAGUUUAGGAAUUUACAAUGAUUUGGCUGUUGAUUUGAAUCUUCGAAUUAGAUUUAAGUUUGGUAGAAUUAAGAGUAGUCGUUUUGAUCCACCAAUCGUACAAUGUCGUCAUUUGAGAGUUCCUUUAAUUUCAAAUGGCAAAGAUUUAGCAGACUCAACACAUCCUUUCAACGGUACAAAAUGUAAAACUUAUUAUUUCUUUGCACAUGAUUCAGGAGACCGAUUUUGAGUAGGAGACCGAUUUUGAGUACAUGUAGCCAAAUAAUCUUCAUCUCAUAUAUUUGUAGGAUUUUAUUUUUAUUUUCUAAAGGUGCCUAUGCAAUUGAGAUGGGACCUUAAUUGUGGCAUUUUUUUAUAUACAUGCAAUUGGUAGUGAUUAAUUUGUUAGGAGGAGAGAUAAAUUGUCAUAAUAGUUAAAUUGUUUUACAUGAUAGUUUCAUUUAUGAUUCUCUUAAGAAAUUUUAAAGUAGGAAUCCUAUGAGCUUAAAUCUCAUUUAGUAGGAGUUACUUAAUUUCUAAAACCGUUGAAAAAAUAAAUAAA